CAGCGAUCUAGGCCGCCGCCUCUCCUACUGCAUCUCCCUCGCUCUCGUCGCCUCGUUCGCUUCGCCUCCUCCCCGCCCCGCCCCGAGCCGAGCAGAGCGCAGCCCUAUCCGGAGCUGGGAUGGCGGACGCGAAGCAGCAGCAGCAGCAGCCACAGCAGGCGGCAGCGGCAGCCACCGGCGUGUGGAAGACGGUCAAGCCCUUCGUUAACGGCGGGGCCUCUGGGAUGCUCGCGACCUGCGUCAUCCAGCCUAUCGACAUGGUCAAGGUGAGGAUCCAAUUGGGUGAGGGCUCCGCUGGUCAGGUCACAAGGAACAUGCUUGCAAAUGAGGGUGUCCGUUCUUUCUACAAGGGUUUGUCUGCCGGAUUGCUGAGGCAAGCGACGUACACGACUGCUCGUCUUGGAUCCUUUAGGGUUCUAACUAACAAAGCAGUUGAAAAGAAUGAAGGGAAGCCAUUGCCUCUAAUUCAGAAAGCUUUUAUUGGUCUGACUGCUGGAGCAAUUGGUGCUUGUUUUGGUAGUCCUGCUGAUCUGGCACUCAUUAGAAUGCAAGCCGACUCGACCCUGCCAGCUGCACAACGACGCAACUAUAAGAAUGCUUUCCAUGCACUCUACCGUAUCAGUGCUGAUGAGGGAGUCCUUGCGCUUUGGAAGGGUGCAGGUCCAACUGUGGUGAGAGCUAUGGCACUCAAUAUGGGUAUGCUUGCUUCCUAUGACCAGAGUGUCGAGCUAUUUAGGGACAAAUUUGGCGCAGGAGAAAUUUCUACUGUUGUUGGAGCCAGCGCUGUUUCUGGAUUCUUCGCCUCAGCAUGCAGUUUGCCCUUUGACUAUGUGAAGACACAGAUUCAGAAGAUGCAACCUGAUGCUAAUGGCAAGUACCCAUACACAGGGUCUUUGGACUGUGCUGUGAAGACCUUCAAGAGCGGUGGCCCAUUCAAGUUCUACACUGGUUUCCCGGUGUACUGCGUCAGGAUUGCACCCCAUGUCAUGAUGACCUGGAUAUUCUUGAAUCAGAUCCAGAAGUUUGAGAAGAAGAUCGGCAUAUAGGAUUCCCAUCGGACGGAUACAGGGUUGACCGUUCUAUGCUAUUACUGCUGGACUCUGUAAUAACAUUCCAGCUGCUUUCGCACCAUGGUAGUUGGUUUUGGUAGAGACAAGUCUGUUACAAUUUUUUUACCUUAGCUUUCCAAUUAUUGUGUCGCAAUAAUCGAAUUAAUUGUUGCUGGGGGAUUUUUUUUGGGGGGUGGGUGGGUGGACAUGCAUUUGUUGGCUGGGAUGUAGCCAUGAGGAGAGGGGGAUACUACCUAGUUAUGCCAUUGAAUGGAAUUGGACCAUAUUUUAUACAGAUUUUUACCUUCAGUUCUUUUGAACUUAUUGCAUUUGGGACAUUGAUUUUUUUUGUAAUGGAAACGAUGGGAAUUGAUCAACUGUGAGAUUAUGUUCUCGGCCUGCUCGAGAUUGUACCUGAU